AUGCUACUCGCUCGCUUAACAAAAAACAACUUUCAUCGCUUUCUGUCGACCACCACGCUUAAACGCAACCAGCAAUUCCCGGCCGAGCUGAUCGACCCAUGCUGCGAUCCAGCGAAGCCGAUUGUCGUCGGGAUGAGCCAGAUCACCGAGGCCGCCUAUGGCAUUAGGGGCGCGGUGGAGAAGACGCUGUGCCGGUACUCACGCGCCCUCUCCCACGCCACCGGAAUCGAGGUCUAUCUCAAGAUGGAGCAGACCCAGACGACGGGCAGCUUCAAGGAGCGCGGCGCCCGCUGGGCCCUCAUGAAUUUGACGGCCGACGAGAAGAAAAAGGGGGUCUACGCCGCCUCGGCCGGCAACCACGCGCAGGCGCUGUGCAUCCACGGCAACAAACUCGGCAUCCCAAUUACUGUAGUAAUGCCCCGACACGCGCCGAUCAAGAAGAUUGCCCAGUGCCAGCAGCUCGGCGGCAAAAUCAUCGUCAAGGGCAAAGACAUUUCGGAGAGUCGCCACGUGGCCCUGACGCAAAGCCUCGAGGCCGGCGGCAAGUACAUCAACGGAUAUGAUCAUGAACAUGUCAUUGCUGGGGCUGGCACUGUUGGGCUCGAGAUUUUGGAUCAGAAUUCCCUGGAAGCCGGCCAGCCGAUCCGUACCCCGGUGAUGCCGACCCUUGCCGACGGUCUCGCCGUUCCCCUCAUUGGCUUCAACGCGUUCGCCACCGCGCUCGGCAAAAUCGACGAGUCGAUCGUGGUGGACGAGAAGACGAUCGGGCUCGCCAUUCUGCGGCUCGUCGAGAUGGAGAAGGUGAGCGUCUCCGACCGGCCGUGGGGCAUCGCCGAACUCACCGAACUCGUCGCCAAGGAGGGCGGAUCGAUCAAGGACAUUUUUCUGGAGCGCUCGUGGACCCGUUCGGACGUGUUCACCGUCCGCACGAAGGUGGUGGCCGAGACCCGCGACUCGAAACAUGCUCGCCGACUCGAGCAGGCGUUGCGGCUGCGAUACGCCGACGACUGUAUCUUCCACCUCUUUCCCACCGUCGACAUGCAU